GCCUGCCAGCGACGCCCUUGCCGUCAUGUUUCUUGUGGGCAGGCGCCGGAGGCUGACGGCUGGAGAGCCCGGCCCCGCGCUCCUGCGUUUGGAGAAGACCAGACUGGCUCUGCCGGGCCCGUGCUGGGUGAUCUGCGAUCGCGCGUCCAUGACCAAGCCCUCUGAGUGAUCAGCCUGCCUUCGGGUCCACCCGAGGGUCGAAACGUGGGGGCCCUCCACAAAGCCAGUGUCCUGAAGAUUGCUCUGGGAAAAGAGAAGGAUGCCGCUCUUCUUCCGGAAGCGGAAACCCAGUGAGGAGGCUCGGAAACGCCUGGAAUAUCAGAUGUGUCUGGCAAAAGAAGCUGGGGCAGAUGACAUUCUUGACAUCUCUAAAUGUGAGCUCUCAGAGAUUCCAUUUGGAGCUUUUGCAACAUGCAAAGUUCUACAGAAGAAGGUGUUGAUCGUCCAUUCAAACCACCUCACCUCCCUGCUUCCCAAAUCCUGCAGCCUCCUGAGUCUCGCAACCAUCAAGGUUCUGGAUCUCCACGACAAUCAGCUGACAGCCCUUCCUGACGAUAUAGGGCAGCUGACAGCCCUCCAGGUAUUGAAUGUGGAAAGGAAUCAACUGACGCAUCUCCCACGUUCCAUCGGGAACCUGAUCCAGCUCCAGACUCUCAAUGUUAAAGACAACAAGCUGAAGGAGCUUCCAGAUACCUUGGGGGAACUUCGGAGCUUACGGACUCUUGACAUCAGUGAAAACGAGAUUCAGAGACUGCCACAGAUGCUGGCUCAUGUUCGAACCCUGGAGACGCUGAGCCUCGACGCCUCGUCCAUGGUCUACCCGCCACGGGAGGUGUGUGGCGCUGGCACCACAGCUAUUCUGCAGUUCCUCUGCAAAGAGUCAGGGCUGGAAUACUACCCCCCUUCCCAGUACCUGCUGCCAGUUCUGGAGCAAGAUGGAGCUGAGAACUCUCGGGACAGCCCUGACGGGCCCACGGACAGAUUCUUGAGGGAGGAGGUAGAAUGGCAGAAUAGGUUCUCGGACUAUGAGAAGAGGAAGGAACAGAAGAUGCUGGAGAAACUGGAGUUUGAACGGCGCCUGGAACUCGGGCAGCGAGAGCAUGCCCAGCUCCUGCAGCAGUGCAGCAGUCAGAAGGACGAGAUCCUUCAGACGGUCAGGGAGGAGCAGUCUCGGCUGGAGCAGGGCCUGAGUGAGCGCCAGCGCUACCUCGAUGCAGAGCGGCAGCGGCUGCAGGAACAGCUGAAGCAGACGGAGCAGAACAUCUCCACCCGCAUCCAGAAGCUCCUGCAGGAGAAUCAGAGACAAAAGAAAAGUUCUGAGAUUUUGAAGUCACUGGAAAAUGAAAGAAUAAGAAUGGAACAGUUGAUGUCCAUAACCCAGGAGGAGACUGAGAACCUGCGGCGACGCGAGGUUGCCUCCGCCAUGCAGCAGAUGCUGACCGAGAGCUGUAAGAACCGGCUCCUCCAGAUGGCCUACGAGUCUCAGAGGCAGAACUUGGUCCAGCAAGCCUGUUCCAGCAUGGCUGAAAUGGAUGAACGGUUCCAGCAGAUUCUGUCGUGGCAGCAGAUGGAUCAGAGCAGAGCCAUCACCCAGAUCCUGCAGGAGAGCACCAUGCAGAAGGCUGCGUUCGAGGCGCUCCAGGUGAAGAGAGACCUGAUGCAUCGGCAGAUCAGGAAUCAGAUUAAGUUAAUAGAAACUGAGUUAUUGCAGCUGACACAGCUGGAGUUAAAGAGGAAAUCCCUGGACACAGAGACACUACAGGAGAUGAUCGCAGAGCAGCGCUGGGCUCUCAGCUCCCUGCUCCAGCAGCUGCUCAAAGAGAAGCAGCAGCGAGAGGAAGAGCUCCGGGAAAUCCUGACGGAGUUAGAAGCCAAAAGUGAAACCAAGCAGGAAAAUUACUGGCUGAUUCAGUAUCAACGGCUGUUGAACCAGAAGCCCCUGUCCUUGAAGCUGCAAGAAGAAGGCCUGGAGCGCCAGCUGGUGGCCCUCCUGGAGGAGCUGUCGGCCGAGCACUACCUGCCUGUCUUUGCCCACCACCGCAUCUCUCUGGACGCGCUGAGCCAGAUGAGCCCUGGGGACCUGGCCAAGGUGGGUGUCUCGGAAGCUGGCCUGCAGCACGAGAUCCUGCGGAGAGUCCAGGAACUGCUAGAAGCAGCCAGGAUGCAGCCAGAGCUGAAACCACCCAAGGGUGAGGUCUUCGGGACCCUGGAGCCUGCUGAGUCAGUGAGGCCGUCAGCUCCCCCCGCAGAGCUGGAGGUGCAGACCUCAGAAUGUGUCGUGUGCCUGGAACGGGAGGCCCAGAUGAUCUUCCUCAACUGCGGCCACGUCUGCUGCUGCCAGCAGUGCUGCCAGCCCCUGCGCACCUGCCCGCUGUGCCGCCAGGCCAUCGUCCGGUGCCUCCGGAUCUACCACAGCAGCUGAGCGCCGCCGGCCCACCUGCGCCUGGUCCUCCGGCCCCGCCUUGGCCCCUGCAGGCCCCGGGCACCCACGCACCCGCCCUGCCCUGGGCCCUUGCCCCACAGCCCGGAAACCCCCCUUGAGCUCCAAGCACCCCUCGGCCAGGUGGGGGCGCCCCUGACCCGUGGCAUUGCUGGUCUGAGUACUGUGGGCCAGAGCUCACGGCUCUGCCCCGUCCCUCCCUGCCCCUGACCGACUGUGGGCAGGGGGAGCUUGGGGUCCUCACCUGUGGAACAUGCACGGUGACGCCCACUCUGCAUGUGGAGGUCAAGCAGGAGGGCCUUGGCUGGGCAUGAGGGGUGGCCACAGGCCAUCGGGGCUGUCCCGGGAAGGUGUGCAGGGCAGGCCUGUUCUCACAGGCGGUGCCAGCCCCACUGGGACCCCUCUCUGCUGCUCCCCAGGGCUCUGCGCCCUCCCCGCCGCCCCACGCAGCUGACCCAAAGCAGGAACAUCAAGUCAAUAAAUCCAUCUCAGCGUC